CGGGUCACAUGGAUUGCAGGCUGUUCUGAAACUUGUGUUUGAAGGGAAUAUGGUACCAGAAGUCCAUCAACAAUCGAAACAAAGUUAUUUAAGCAGAGGUGUAUCACAGCUGGUAAGCAGGACUCUUAAGCGUGCCGAACAAGUGCUCAGAUGAGCAGUCCGAGCGCAGCACCAGGAGCAUCAGCACUGGAGAGCUGGAACUGAGAGACAGAAGCAGUUCCCUCCACUGCACGCGAUAGCAGCGGCCGCUCUCGCUCUGCAUGCUUUUUUUCCCUUCCGUUCUUUCUGGAGUUGAGAUCUUGUUUGUCAGAGCAACGGGACUUAGUGAAUACUGGGGCUUCAAGCUGUUAUCCGAGCAUCCCAAACGCAGACCUGGCUGCCCCAAUGCCGAUCGAAUUUGUUUGCAAAAUCAAAUUUGCAGAGGAGGAUGAGAAGCAGAAAGGCAACCAGGACGGGGACAAGGAGAGCCUGAUUGAAGAGAGCUGCAGCCCCCCAGCCAAGGACCUGGCCGGCUUCGCCAAUGCCUGCUCACUCCAUGGGAUUAACCAUAUCUUUGUGUCGGGCCGGCUGGGUGUCAGACAGACCCUCUGGGCUAUCGCGUUCCUGGUGUCCCUGGUACUCUUUAUAUACCAGGCGGCAAAGUGUGCCAUCUCCUACCUGGAGCAUCCUCAUGUCACGGCGCUGAACGAGGAGGCCACCCCAGAGAUGGUGUUCCCCGCCGUGACCAUCUGCAACAUCAACCGUUUCCGCUUUUCUGCUCUUACCGACGCCGACAUCUACCACCUGGCCAACCUGACCGGUUUGCCCCCUAAAAACAAGGACGGCCACAAGCCCACCGAUUUGGAGUAUCCAGCGCCGGACAUGCAGGACAUCUUCAACCGGACGGGUCACCAGCUGGAAGAGAUGCUGAAGAGCUGCAACUUCAGUGGGCAGAACUGUUCGGCCGAAGACUUUACAGUGGUCUACACAAGAUACGGGAAAUGCUAUACUUUCAAUGGGAACAAAACAACCUCCAGGAAGACAAAGCAAGGAGGGAUGGGAAACGGGCUGGAGAUCAUGUUGGAUAUUCAGCAGGAUGAAUAUCUACCUAUCUGGAAAGAGACAAAUGAAACAUCUUUAGAGGCAGGAAUCCGUGUUCAGAUCCACAGUCAGGAUGAGCCGCCCUACAUCCAUCAGCUGGGCUUUGGAGUCUCCCCAGGAUUCCAGACCUUUGUAUCAUGUCAAGAGCAAAGGUUGACCUACCUGCCCCAGCCUUGGGGGAACUGCCGCUCCACCAGUGAGCAGAUGAUCCCAGGUUACGAUACCUACAGUAUCAGCGCCUGCCGCCUGCGCUGCGAGACUCUUGAGGUUCAGCGUGUGUGCAAAUGCAGGAUGGUGCACAUGCCGGGAGAUGCCGAUAUCUGUACUCCCAGCAAUAUCAAAUGUGUGGACAAAGCACUUGCACUGCUACAGACAAGUUCAGGUGACACAUGCUUGUGUGAAACUCCCUGUAACCUGACGCGCUAUGGUAAAGAGCUGUCCAUGGUUAAAAUCCCCAGCAAAGGCUCGGCUCGCUAUCUGUCUAGAAAAUAUGACAAGUCUGAAGACUACAUCAGAGACAACUUCCUUGUUUUGGACGUUUUCUUUGAAGCUCUAAAUUAUGAAACAAUAGAACAGAAAAAAGCAUAUGACGUUGCAGGUUUAUUAGGGGACAUUGGUGGGCAGAUGGGUCUUUUUAUAGGAGCCAGUGUUCUCACCAUCUUGGAGAUUCUGGAUUAUGUAUAUGAAGUGAUCAAACACAGGUUGGAGCGUUUGCUCAGAUCACAAAGAGAUGACAAAAAGCAAACCCAGCAGCAGCAACAGGCCAGCACAGUCGCCACAGUAAAGCUGGAUGAAAUGAAAGCUAAGGAUACUGGCGAGAUGAGCCGGAGCCACUCAGAGGGAGCUUAUGCUAACACCAAUCUCCCAAAUCACCAUCACCACCACCGUACCCACCACCGAGUGUUCGAAGACUUUGCCUGCUAGGAAGACUCGUCUGGCGGGUGGGUCUAGUGCUGUUGACGUCUACAGAAAGAGUUCUCUCAGUGCUGAAUGUGGGCUCAAUGAAAGACCCUCAAAUCUCAGUGCUAAUCUCUCUCGCUGUCACCAGUUAAAGCUACAGCCAAAGCCGAACUCUAAACCCUCGCUUCUAGGCACGGAUCGGACACUGCGGUCCAGCAGGAAACUCUCUGAAAUCCCGUCCAUCCCCACCCCCCACCCGCCUCCUGUUACAGGAAGUGACAUCAGUGGCAACUCUACGAUUUCUACACUGAAUACCUUGGUACUGGGCCUCUGCUAUAUCAAGGCAUAGACUGCAUGACAUCAAGAGCCACUUUAUACUCCAGAUCCUGUUUGAAGCAUUACAUUCUUACUUUAUAUUUUGUCAGCUGUUAGAGUUUGAUGCGGUGAGUUCUCAUCUUGUGAAAUAGUAUCAUUCAGAUUAAUCUACAAAUGUAAAUGAUGUGUUUGAAUCAUGGCUAUCAACCCUUAGGCUCCAGAGCGUAAGAGAAAUAACUUUACUCUGGUAUACUCUUUUUCUGAAAUCAUGAGGACGGUGUAGAAUAGUUUAAGUGUUUCAGAAAAGUAAUGUGUAUCCAUCUCUACUGGAUAUGUCUGGUAAAUGUUUCCUUAUCUCAAAUGGCUUAUGAUUAAGUUAACUUGAAGUAUAUUGAAUAAUCCAGCAAAUUUUGUAAUGUUAUUUAUAGAGCUGUAACGUGUGAGUGGUAAUGGGUGUCAUUAGCAGUAACAACAUAAUCUUCUGUGAGGUUACUUCCCAACGGAGAGCCAAAUGAUGUGUACAGUAAAGCCCACCAGCCCACCAGAGCCUUUGCGGUAACCAUAUGGAAAAGGUUUGUUUCAUCCAUCCAUCAGCUGAUGGAUCCCCUCUCCCAGACCUCCCGAAAGUGUUUAAUGAAACAGACCUUAUGUUCCUAGUUCCACAUUUGAAUGAGACGGAGUGCAGCGGUCCCCCAGAGAAUGAUAAACCGGGUUUGCUCAGCACACUCGCAAAGUAUGAGAGAUCUGAUGGACCACAGCAUACAGCUUCAUGUUUAAAAGUCAGUCGAUGAGUUUUUCUCAGGGUUCUUAGCUGCGAAAUGUCUAGCGGUCUCUUUGACAAAAGGCCAGAUGUGCAAAGCAUUUCAAUCAGAAACCACAGACUUUUCUGUGUGCGAAAUUCAGCAAGAACUGAUAUUCAAUGACAAUUCAAAGAUGAAAAACUUUUCCAUUUGAGCUAAAAUCCUAAUAGCGUAAAUAGAAGUAUUGAAUCUGUGGUUUCAAAUAUGGCUAAUAUUACUGUAAGUCAACCGUGUAGCGCCCCUAUCUUUGUUUAUUUUGGGCUUUUUGGAAAUGCAUUACUUUGUAACCAGACAUUUCAGGUGCAGUUCUUGUAUAAUUAAUGUCUGAAGAUUUUAUUAGCUUAAUGGGUGUUAUAAUUUAUUUUGAUGUGUGUAAGACUUCACUGUUUAAAAGAUGUGGUAUUAAAAUGAGCAGAAAUCAUAUAUAUAUACAAAUAAAUUAUUUAUAUAGUGCUAUAUCUUAUAACAUUGCACACAUAUAUUUAUUCAUAUAUAUUGUUCUAAAUUUUCUCCAGCACAUUUAGUGCUCAUUUUCAAGACCUAUUUUCAUUUGUUUACCUACAUUCACAAACUACAGAAUUCUUUUAUAAGUGACAUGGCUGUUUAUCCUCUAUAGAUCAGUUCCUCUGCUGGGUAGAUUAUGUCGACAAGAAAGAUUUAGCAUUUUUAUAUCUUCUGGAAUGCAUCUCAUAUUUGGAUGUCAUAUCAAAAACAUGCCGCAUAUAUUCAAUCCAUAUACAAGUAAUCAUUGCUAAUAUGGGCUUUAAAUUUUCAUAAAUAUGUAUCACAGUGGCAUUUUAAAGGUUCCCAGUCAGAGUUCUGAUGGCACACUGAGCCGGUUAUGCAUAAUAAUACAGUUUACUGUUAUAAAUAACUGUGCUGUCAGCAGAAGAGCUGACAUACCAGUGCAUGUCCAGGAAUUGCACUGGAACAAAUCACUCAGAUUUGAUUCGGCAUUAUUUGUCAACCUCAUGCACCCAUUAGUUGUAUAUUUCUGCACUCGUGGCCUAUCUUACCUGCGCAGAAGGAAUUGCUCCAAAUUUUAAAAAUGCAAUUGCGUGUGCAUGACUCGUAGGUCUUUUCAAAAAGCACUAUCUUCCAAAGUCCUUGCCAUUAGUGUGGAAGGUAUUUUCUAUAUAGCAAAUGGCAGUGAUCUUGUGCAAUCCAAAAGGCAGAUCUCUCACACUAAUUAAACAUUUCUCCAAACUGAGGUCAGUGUUGCACCAUUGUCAAGCAAUUAACGCAGCUAUCUUUUCCUAAAUAGGCUGUAUUUAUUCAUGAUUUCUUACAAAUUGCAUCAUUUUCUUGAAAUACUCCAGGUGGAAGAUUAUGAGAGAGAAAUAGAAGAGAAUGUAGGAAGAGGAAAAGGAAAAGAGAGAGCAAUAUCGAAGGCACAGCAGGAACAACCGGAGCAACUUGUGGUUUGGGACAAUGUCCAAUUCCACCAUGUAGCGCCGGUGCGUGAGUGGAUUAAAAAUCACCCACAUUUUGUUAUAGUGUUUCUUCCAGCAAAGUCUCCGUUUUAAAAUUCAGUUGUAGAGUAAUUCAUGUGGGGAUGAAAAGAGUUUUCAACCACAAGUUCUAUGACAAAGUAACUGGAUAUAAAUGGAUUUAAUAUUUAAACCUUGCUUUUCUUGGAUCGGUAACUUGGAAUGCUUCAAGUCGAUUCUUCAGUUGUGAAGUUUGUACAACCCUUGGCUGGUGUUUGGAUGGCUGCAUUAGUUGUUUUAAAUACUGAGCUUAGUUUAGAGAAAAACAAUGAUCAGGAAAACUGUAAUGUAACUUCAUGUGAUAUUAUUUCAUCUUCAGACGUCAGUUCCAUUCUGGUCCAAAUGGUCUAUGUGUGUAUUUUUAAAACUGUGCUACGCUGCUUAAACUUUGACAUGCUGUUCUUUUCCACCCGCUUUUUCCAGCCAGACCACCAUUUAGCUCCGAGAGGGGGCCAUAAAACGAGGCACUGAAGCAGCAUAGUGCAAAAAGACUGUUGAGAUUUUCACACGAUUAAAGGCAUCAAGACUAAUCAGGCUAAUUACCCAUUACGCUCCAGAACCUAAUGGACUGUAUACCAGACUACAGAGAACACAUAAUACACUUUGUACAAAGGUCUGCUGUUAUGGUCGUGGUUUCUGUCAGAGCACAUUUUAUAAAUGUAACAAUGGUACAUACUGGAGUCCAAAAAUAAAAUCUUGAUAGAUUAAUCA